AUGAGAUAUCUCAAGUGCAAGUUUCCAGAGAGUUGGAACGGAAGGUGGUUUCAGUACGGCAAAGAGGGUCCCGUCAUAGUGAAUUCGACGCAUCUGCUCGACAGGAAGUGCAUCGAGAACAACCAGGACACGUACAUCACUUACGAGGAAAACCCAGCGGACAGCGAGUGCUACCGAUGCAUGCUAUUCACCGAGCGGGACGUGAACGUCAUCCAGUACCGUGAAUCCUUUUGCUUCCCGCACCACACGUCGAUCGACUUUGCCUGCCAGGAGCUGCGCUCGGACGACAGUUUGAACUCGAUGUUCCGGCUGGACUCGAAGCCGAUCCCGUGCCCCUUCGCCGGACCACCGUUCAGUUUCAGCUACAAUCGGGGCCACGGCGAGUGCAAGGCCCUAGAGAACCAGGUCGAGAGCUGCACCGACGAGAGCAAGCUCCUGCUCAAGUACCAGGCCUGCGCCGACAUACAGGGAGCCGAGAGCAGCACCGAGGAGCUGCAGUGCCUGGCCGUGUGGAAGGACGGGCGCAACAUGUACCUGCUCGGGACUUUGAAGGUGGCCGGCAGCGAAGAGGAGACCUUCAGAUGCUUCCUCUACGAGAAAAUCCACCGGGACAAGAAAAUCGGCUACCUCAUCUCCCAGUCGGGGGAUCCGAGCUGCAAUGGCCUCACCUCCGUCACGGAGGGCGCCCCGACCUUCAAUUUCACAAAAGAGGAAAAGGAGCACGUGAGGUGCAAGUAUCCGUCUUGGGUGACGCAGCACCACGACUGGCACUUUUUGGACGGCUCGAGGAACUAUCACUUCACGACGGGCAACUCGACGCUCAAGGUCACCUUCAAGGACGACAAUCGCGAGGAAAAAGUCGUCUGCCACAACCUCGAGAAGAUGCACCCGAGCGACGAGACAAAGGUCAAGCUCGUGGCUCACGUGACCAGCGGAUGCGACACGGGAUACGUGUGCAUGAUAUUUUACAAACGCGACGGCCACGUCAUCGAGGUCCAGCAGUCGAGUCACAAGACGAUCAUGCCCCACGAAGCGUGUCUGCUCGAGGACCCCUCGAAGCGUCCCUUCUCGACGCUGAUAACUUCGACGUUGCACAAGCGCUCGUGUCCCCAGCCGGGCCGGUACACAGUGCUGGACCUGGUGUCGUCGCCGCAGUUGAAAAUGGCACGGCGCCAUCGGCGAUUCGCCCGGGCGCUGGCUCAGAGCAGCUGGAAGGAAAGCAACGAGGCGACCGGCAACGUUGACUCCGACGACUGCCAGAACGCCGAUGUGCAGAUCGGCUGCACGUCCAGCGGCCAGAACGAAAUGAUCAUCCAGGAGUCGUGCAAAACCAACGAGAUGGUUUCAGCGUACUCGUGCCACGGGAGCUGGGAGGAGAACGGCACCUCGUACACGAUAGUGUCGCGCAACAAGACAAACAGCGAGCGGGAGACGCUGUGCGUCUCGAUGCGCCUGACCGAGAGUACCAAAGAACUUCCGGGCAAGGUGGGCAGGGUCGAGCAGCAGGAGCUUUGGCUGUCGAGGCCGAGGAGCUUCUGCCAACGCGGCGCGACGGACCAGUGGACCUACAAACUCGCCAACCAGGGUGUUUGCGAGGAAGUGAUGCGGGCAGCUUCGAGCUCGGCCUCGUCGUCGUCCCCGACGAGGGUCUCGCUUGUCCUGUCGAUCGGCCUGACACUGCUGUGCAGCGUAUUGUCGAGAUGA